AUGCAGUCCUCUCAAGGCCAUCACCGACGGAAGAGCAAGCGGGUAAUCACCCCGGCCCGGAGGGAGCAGAAUCGGGCGGCGCAGAAGCUUCAUCGUAAAAGGCGUAAGGAAAGUCAGCAGCAGCUAAAGAAUUCGCCUCCCCAUCACGGCCUCAGGCGGCUUGAACCGGCAUGUCCAGAGCAACGCCAAAGCAAUACAGCAGGACAAAUCCAAUGUAACGGUUUUUGGCAAGAUGCUUUGGUACACCCAGCGGAACUGUUUGACCAAUCUUUUAUCGUCAACUCUGGCUCGUCACCAAAUGGACGACUGCUCCGGACUGAAUAUCCGGAUCCCCUGACCCAAUAUACUGAAGACGGAGCUCUUUUCGGCGAAUUACUAAACAACCAGGUGCACCACUUUCGCACGUCUUGGGAUCUAACGAGAUCAUCGGAGUCGAUGCUCUCCUGUCCCAACACCACUUGGCUAUCAACUGUAGGAGCACUGCCCCUCUCGUGUAAUAGCAAUGUAUCUACGCAGGGAACAUCGGUGUCAUCCGGCUCAUCGUGUCGCGAUCAUACUACUCUGCCGGCCCAUGUCUCAUCUCAAUUCGCAGAUCCAUACCUGAACACGCUCCAGACAGCAGAAUCGCUCCUGAUAUCAGCCUAUAUAGCUAAUGCGACCAGUCUUGGCUUUGGCAUCGAUUUGCUGGUGCCUUGCAAGGAGGAGUGUCUGUCGCCAUUCUAUAGAGCUGAUGUCAACACUGGCACCGACCCCAUGGACCUACUCACCGAGGCUCGCCUCAAAGCCGCCGGAGCGCCAGAACAUCUGCAACCCACGCUCCCACAAGUGCUCUAUCCGCAUCAUGCUGCGCUGGACGUCAUACCUAUACCAGUGCUUCGAGAGCGUGUCAUCACCAUGUCUGUCACCUUGCCCCACUUGUUCAACAAUCAGGAAAUGAAGGUGGAUGUCUUCUACCACCGAGCGUUGACGUGUUGGCGGUAUGACGGGCGAGAAACCGGGCAGGGCGGGUCUUUUCAGCCCUGGGACAUGAGAAGCUGGGAGGCUGCCCGCUGGUUCCUGCAGAAGUGGAGGCUAGUUGUCGAUGGUGAAAAGGGCGAGUUGUGGGAGCAGAGCGAACGUUGGCGGGCUCAGAGAUCAGGGACGCUGAGUGUUGGGUGA